GUCGGCAGCGCCCCCUCGGGAGCCUAUUCGGUCCCCAAAACCUGGAACACCGGAAGUGCUGGCGACGUGUCAGUGCGCCCUAUUCUAAACCUUCCCCGCUAGGCCCCCUUUCCUAUUCAGCUGUGGGAUUCCGGGGCCGCCUGGGCGCUUCCACCUCGCCACUUCCGCAUUGAACCGCCGCUUCAACCCAACUCUGCGCGCGCUCCCUCACGUGCCUUGGUGGUUGGGCUAGCUCCUGGGAGUAGCCACGCCUUUUCCCGCGCCUGGCAGGCAAUGGGCGGGCGCCUCCCGGCGGGGUGGUGGGUAGUUAAUGAGGGCCGGGUGCUGAUUGGCUGCAGGGUCGUGGCCGGGGCUGGGAGGUGGGGUAGGUUGUUCCUGAGGUGGGAGGUGGCACCCGUGGCUGAGAAGUAGGCCUGAGAGCGACAUGUCUCCGGUGGCUGAGGCACAGCGGCCCGUGGCGCUGUUUUUCUGAGUCCGGGGCGGCCUGGCGGGGCUGAGGACAAGGCUCGGCGGAGGCUGCCCCCCGCUGUGGAGGCCGCCAUGCUGGGCGCCCGGGCGGUUGAGGGAGCCGCCGUGGCGCUCCUGCGACUGCUGCUGCUGCUGCUGCUGCUGCUGCUGCCGGCGCUCCGGGGACCGGGGCUCGGCGUGGUGGGCUCGGCUGGGGCCGGGCUGCCCGAGAGCGUGAUUUGGGCCGUCAACGCCGGCGGAGAGGCGCAUGUGGACGUGCACGGCAUCCACUUUCGCAAGGACCCUUUGGAAGGCCGGGUGGGCCGAGCCUCUGACUAUGGCAUGAAACUGCCAAUUCUGCGUUCCAACCCCGAAGACCAGAUCCUGUAUCAAACAGAGCGGUACAAUGAGGAGACCUUUGGCUACGAAGUGCCCAUCAAGGAGGAGGGGGACUAUGUACUGGUGUUGAAAUUUGCCGAGGUCUACUUUGCACAGUCCCAGCAGAAGGUAUUUGAUGUGCGAUUGAAUGGCCAUGUUGUGGUGAAGGACUUGGAUAUCUUUGAUCGCGUUGGACACAGUACAGCUCAUGAUGAAAUCAUCCCGAUGAGCAUCAGAAAGGGGAAGCUGAGUGUCCAGGGGGAGGUGUCCACCUUCACAGGGAAACUCUACAUCGAGUUUGUCAAGGGAUACUAUGACAAUCCCAAAGUCUGUGCACUCUACAUCAUGGCUGGGACAGUGGACGAUGUACCAAAGCUGCAGCCUCAUCCAGGACUGGAGAAGAAAGAAGAGGAGGAGGAGGAGGAAGAAUACGAUGAAGGGUCUAAUCUCAAAAGACAGACCAAUAAGAACCGGGUGCAGUCGGGCCCCCGCACGCCCAACCCCUAUGCCUCGGACAACAGCAGCCUCAUGUUUCCCAUCCUGGUGGCCUUCGGAGUCUUCAUUCCAACCCUCUUCUGCCUCUGCCGAUUGUGAGAACAAAUCACCAUCCUGAACAGGUGGAGGGGUGUGGGAAAGAAACCAAACAUGUUGGUUUGGGUUUCUGUAUUUUUUACAGUGAUUAA